CGUGAUAUAAUUAUCUGGCCUUAACCCUCAUCGGCCCAACCAAUGCAGAAACAUGAUUACUCGCUCACUACUACACUCUUUAGUAGACCUAGGUAUAAAAAUCGGUGUACACGGACCAGUCUGUUUAACCUGCAAAUCACUAAAAAGGAGAUCGACAGCGCAUUCAAACUCAAAGAUUAGGUUUAGAUUUUGUUUUAGCCAAAAUGACAUCAGCAGCGGCUGAACAGCUUCUUGUGGCUGAACAGCUUAUUGAACACUUGAAGUGCCCAAUUUCGCUUGAAAUUAUGUCCGAUCCGGUUAUCCUCUCCUCCGGUCAGACCUUUGACCGUUCUUCAAUCCAACAAUGGCUUGACCUAGGUCACCGGAAAUGUCCAAUCACCAAAUUUCCCCUCCUCCAUACUUACCUCAUUCCCAAUCACGCCCUUCGUGCCAUCAUUUCCAGUUUUGCCCCUCCUCCACCCGAGACUCUUCCCCACCCUCCCCCUCUCCAAACCGAAGCCCCAACCCUAACCCUAACCCAAACCCUAGUCUCUGCCCUAACCUCUGAUGAGGCGCCCACUAAGUACAAACUCGAAUCGCUCAACAAACUCUUCUUUCUCUCAAAGCAUGACCCCCUCUUCCGCCGCAACAUCACCGACGCCCCCGUCAUACCAGUUGUCUUCUCAUGCCUCGCUAACGAGACCCUCCGCCACAAAGCUCUCGCCCUUCUCCUCAACAUCAGCCUUGAAGAUGAAAACAAGGUUGGCCUAAUGGCAGAAGGCAUCCUCGACCGUCUCAUUCCCAUUCUCUCCUCUGAAGUCUCCGACUGUAGCGCUGUGGCAGCAACCCUUAUCACUAGCUUGGCUCUCUUGGAACUAAACAGGGCGACGAUCGGGGCAUACCCACAUGCUAUUGAAUCUUUGGUUUCUCUCGUUCGCGAUGGUGUUGGUAGAGAGAAAAAAGAAGCAGCUACUGCACUCUACACUCUCUGUCGUUUUCCAAAUAAUCGAGUAACCGUUGUGGCAUGUGGAGCUGUACCAGUUUUGCUUCGAAGGCUCGACGCCGGUCUUGAACGAUGUGUUGAAGUUAUUGGGUUAUUGGCUGAGCGCAAAGAAGCAAUAGAAGAGAUGGAAAAGUUUGGUGGGUGUGUUGAGGUUCUUGCUGGUGUUUUGAAGAAUAGAACUAGAACUAAAAGAGGGGUUGAGUUUGCUCUUUUGGCUUUGAAAUAUCUCUGUUGUAACAGUGAAGAAAGUGUUACGGAAGCUGUUCGUGCUGGGGUUUUUGAAAGUUGCAUGGAGUUGAUGCAACAUGAUAGUGUUAGAGUUAGGGAAAAUGCUUCUUAUUUGAUCCUGGUUCUGCGCUCAAGGAAGCAAUGAUUCUUAUGACAAGGGAGGUUUGGUUGUUUAUUUUUCAAUAAAGACAAAGGUCAAAUUGUUGUUGUCAUAGUUAUUACAGACUCAUAGGGUUCUUUUUAGUUUUUAUUUGUACAUUUGAUAUUGGAUUUCAUUACAUUGCUGUUUCUUUUUCGUUGUUAUAAGG